AUGCCUCACGCGACACAGAAGAAAGUCCCGGAGGACGAGGACGAUGACUUCAACAAUGUGAUGCAGCAGCUCAACAGCUACGAGAACAACGGACCAUCUCUAGAUUUUCUUUCGCGCGAUUUAGAUGUUGGCGAGAAGGCCGACGAUGCGAUCGAUUAUGAAGAUUUCGACGACGACGAGCUUCCAGAAGAAGAGGUACACGCUGCCCCAGCUCUGCCCGCGGUGGACGACAAUGACGAAGACCCUUUCGCGAACCUGGGCUCCGACGAUGCCGCUCUUUUCGGGAACGGCGAUGAUAUUUUUGGUGACCAGGCUACGGGGGCUCAGGCACAAGAAGAUAACCUUGAUGAUCUAUUUGGCGAAGGGUCUUUCUCUCCACCUCCUCCUGCUGGGCAGGAGGACCUUACCAGUGGUCUUUUUGAAGAUGAACAGAUGCCCUUGACCAAUGAGCCAGUUGAGCUCCCACCCAUUCCUCCUGCCCCCGCCCCCGAGGCAGAACAGAUGCCCAUGGAUGAAGAUAUUCCGGACGAUUCCAGCAUCAUGUCAGACGACAUGGACCCCGCUACACUUCGCGCUUGGAAGCUCCAGCAAGCACUCUUCGCUAUGUCCGGGCCCGAAAAUCCACCUGCUCCUCCAGAAAACCGUGAAGAACUUCUGCAUUCAUUAUUUCCUUCGUUUAAUCGCAAUGAACUUCCACGAUGGUUGGAACUUAUUCCACACAAGAAAGCUAUCUUCAUCGGAAAACAGCCCACCAAGCCUCCUAAACCUGUUCUACCCACAAAAGUGAAUAUCGAGCUUGCGGCGGACCAGGAGCGCACAUUUCGAACAGGACAGCCCCUCAAGCGUGGUCUUGAAAACGAUUCUCUGGGCAUUGUGAUGAUCACUCAAACGACACCAGAAGAAGAGGAAGAAGAAAAAGAAGACCUUGAGAUGGGCGAUGCAGAUGGCGAUGAUCCGCUGCCAGGUGGCAUUACGAUGCAAGAUCUUCGGACUAUUUGCGCGGACUGGGAUAUGGUGGAUGAUAUCCUCAUUGCGGAGCCGGAAGAAGAUCCUAAAGAUACUGUUUUCGAAGAUGACGAGCCGGAUUGGCUUAUGGACGAUGAUGUGCCGAAGAAGAAGCGAAAGACUGGCCCAAGCCCAAUGGACGUUAUCGCAAUGUCUCAUAUUGAUAUUCCGCUGUUGGAUGACCCUGAACAAGCCACGAUGAAGAUUGCGAAAAAGGUCACCAUUGAUUUGAACGAUCCAAACAUUCUCGUCGACGAGACCAGCGCAGAUGCUAUUGCAAACAAGCCGAAGCACGCUCCCCGAUCCAGAGAUGAGGUGGACUUGAAUUUGACUCGUCGUCUUACUUCUCGUUACAAUAUCUCAAAUGACCAAGCGUACGACAUGCUCAAGCAGAACCAUCAGAACAAGAUCCGCAGUACUCUUGGCAAUGUGACUCUUGAACACGCCCUGCCCGCUCUCCGCUUGCAGUGGCCUUACUACAAGACCGAAUUGGCCAAGGCUGAAGCCCGAUCUUUCCACCGGCCCUCCAUGGCCUUCCGACCCGGACAAACAUCUUGGUUCAAAAAUCCUGUCCACAUCAAACGCAAGCAGCAACGUGGACGAGACGCAAAGAGUGUUUACGAUACAACAAAGGCAUUAUCUAUGGCAGACAACUCUAAUGUGCUUCUUGUGGAAUACUCCGAAGAGGUUCCUAUGAUGCUCGCCAAUUUCGGAAUGUGCAACCGAUUCAUCAACUACUACCGACGGAAGAACAUUGACGACCCAACGCGUCCUAGAGCAGAGAUUGGUGAGACAGCCGUGCUGUUGCCACAAGACAAGAGUCCGUUCUCAAUUUUUGGUCACGUUGACCCUGGUGAAAUCGCCCCUGCGAUCUCGAACUCCAUGUACCGAGCACCGCUUUUCCCCCACCAGCCAAAGACUACGGACUUCCUGAUUGUCCGCAGCAGUACUGGCGAGGCCGGUAGUAGCUACUAUCUGCGCAACAUUGAAAACUUCUUUGUCGCAGGACAACAGUUCCCCUCCGUGGACAUUCCUGGUCCGCAUUCGCGUAAGGUGACCACCGUUGCCAAGAACCGCAUGAAAAUGCUAGUCUAUCGUUUGUUGAAGAAAAGCCCAGACGAGCGACUCGCAAUCAGUGAUGUUACUGCUCAUAUCCCCAAUACGACUGAUAUGCAGAACCGGCAGAAGGUCAAGGAUUUCCUCCAACACGACAAGGACACCAAAUACUGGAAGCCAUUGGAUCCGGUUCUUCCAGACCAAGACACCAUUCGCGCUUGGGUGCAGCCCGAAGAUGUUUGUCUUCUGGAAUCCAUGCAGAUUGGUCAGCAACAUCUCCACGAUACCGGUUAUGGCAAUGAUGCGGAAAACAACAACGAAAAUGAAGAAGACGAAGAGCUGGAAAGCUUUGAGCAGCAAAUGGCUCCCUGGAAAGCGACUCGCAAUUUCCUGCUUGCCUCUCAGGGCAAGGCUAUGCUGAAGCUCCAUGGCGAGGGUGAUCCCACUGGUCGUGGCGAGGGUUACAACUUCAUCAAGACUAGCAUGAAGGGUGGGUUCAAGGCGAUCGGUGAAAGUGUUGAGGACAAGCUCGAUGCUCAGCGACUCAAGGAGCUUGGUGGCCACAGCUACAAUGUUGCUCGUCAACAAAAAUCAUAUGAAACAUCCAUUCGUCGUAUUUGGGACGCUCAAAAGGCCAGCUUGUCCUCUACUGUCGAACAUUCCGACCAGGAGAGUGAUGUUGACCACGAAGAGGAAGAAGACCAAUACCAUAAGCCCACACCUCGAUCCGAAGCACCCACACCUGUACCAUACCGUCGCGAUGAUGAGACAACCAGCCAGUUUAGCAAAAUGAGUUUCGGAGAUUCUCGCGGCAAGGUCAUGCGUAUCAUCCGCCAGGUCAAAGAAGCCAACGGCGAGAUUGUCGAAAGAGAACAGCUUGUCUGGGAUCAACGUGUUAUCAGACACUACAUGCAGCACCGCCAUCGCAGCGCAGCACUGCACACCAAGCUAGAAUCCAUCCAACCAACCGGCGACCCCGAAGUCGAUGCCCGCAACCGCAAGCUGAUCGAAGCCGAGCUCGGCCGUCUGAACCGCAACAAGGAGCGCCGCUUUGCUCGCGAGAAGCAGAAGGGUAUCCCUCGUGCCGGCGAUCCGGACGGCAAGCCCGCUGGUACUCAGCGCAAGUGUGCCAACUGUGGUCAGGUCGGACAUAUCAAGACCAACAAAAAGCUUUGCCCCUUGCUCAAUGGUACCAUGAAGCCCGAAGACCGCGUGACUGACUCGGCUUUCUCCAUGAGCGCGCCGGUGCUUUAA